GGAGGGUAUAAAAGUGACCUGAAGGGACCAAGGCACAAGCAGACGCCAGCGAAGACUCUCCCGGCCAGAUCCCUGGGAUGCGCCAGCCAGAGGCCAUGCUGCUGCUGCUCACCCUGGCCCUCCUGGGGGGCCCCACCUGGGCAGGGAAGAUGUAUGGUCCUGGAGGAGGGAAGUAUUUCAGCACCACGGAAGACUACGACCACGACAUCACAGGGCUGCGGGUGUCUUCGGCUCUUAUGGUGAAAAGUGUCCAGGUGAGACUUGGCGACUCCUGGGAUGUUAAACAGGGCGCCUCAGGUGGGCAGACCCAGGAAGUCAUCCUGGAGCAAGGCGAAUACAUCAUAAAAGUCGUUGGCGCCUUCAAAGUUUUCCUGCAGGGUAUGGCCCUGUGCACCAACAAAGGCCGCUGUUUCUAUUUUGGGAAGCUUCAGGGGAAUUUAUUCUCUGCCUACCCCAGCCAAGAGGGGCAGGGGCUGGUGGGCAUCUAUGGCGAGUAUGGACUCCUCGGCAUCAAGAGCAUUGGAUUUGAAUGGAACUAUCCAGUAGAGGAGCCGACCACUGAGUCACCAGUUACUUCCGCAUGUGAAUGAAAGGCACUCAUGGGUCACUAGGGUGGGGUACAGGGCCAUCUGGGAGGUGGUGGCUGAUGGUACUGGAGUAACUGAGUCAGGAUGCUGAAUCUGAAUCCAUCAAUAAAUAAAGCUUCUGCAGAAUCAA